CUAAAUUUGCAAAUGGUUAAAGAACGAGCUAAUCUCUCUCUCUCUCUCUCUCUCUCUCUCUCUCUCUCUCUCUCUCUCUCUCUCUCAGUGUUACGUGAUGAUUUCAGACAGAACCCUACAGAUGUGGUGGUGGCUGCUGGAGAACCGGCCAUCUUGGAGUGCGUUCCUCCUCGUGGACACCCGGAGCCUACCAUCUACUGGAAGAAAGACAAAGUACGAAUCGAUGAGAAGGAUGACAGGAUCAAGAUCCGUGGAGGGAAGCUGAUGAUCUCCAACACGAGGAAGAGUGAUGCUGGCAUGUACAUCUGUGUGGGCACUAAUAUGGUCGGUGAGAGAGACAGUGAGACAGCCCAGGUCACUGUGUUUGAGAGACCUACCUUCCUACGCCGGCCCAUUAACCAGGUGGUUCUGGAGGAGGAGGCGGUGGAGUUUCGCUGUCAGGUGCAGGGAGACCCGCAGCCUACCGUUCGCUGGAAAAAAGACGAAAUUGACAUCCCCCGUGGGAGGUAUGAUAUUAAAUAUGAUAAAGAUGACUAUGUGCUGAGGAUAAAGAAGGCAGCAGCGAGCGAUGAAGGAACCUUCACCUGUGUAGCUGAGAACAGAGUUGGCAAAACGGAGGCGUCUGCCAGCCUCACGGUCAGAGCUCGCCCUGUCGCCGCACCGCAGUUCGUGAUCAGGCCGCGGGAUCAGAUUGUGGCGCAGGGACGGACCGCCAGUUUCCCCUGUGAGACCAAAGGUAACCCACAGCCAGCGGUCUUCUGGCAGAAAGAAGGAAGUCAGAACCUCCUGUUUCCAAAUCAACCGCAGCAGCCCAACAGUCGGUUCUCAGUGUCGCCCAGUGGAGAUCUGACCAUCACAGCGGUCCAGCGGGCAGACGCGGGGUACUAUAUCUGCCAGGCCCUGACGGUGGCAGGCAGCAUCCUGGCCAAAGCACAGCUUGAGGUCACAGACGUGUUGAGCGAUCGUCCUCCCCCCAUCAUCCGGCAGGGUCCAGCUAACCAGACUCUGGGUGUAGACAGUGUGGCUCUUCUGAGGUGCCAUGCGUCUGGAGAACCGGUCCCAACCAUCAGCUGGCUGAAGGAUGGGGUCAGUCUGCUGGGCAAAGACCCUCGCAUGUCCCUGCAGGACCUCGGCAGCCUGCAGAUCAAGGGUUUGCGGCUCUCUGAUUCUGGUAUCUACACUUGUGUGGCAGCAAGUUCUAGUGGGGAAACAUCUUGGAGUGCUUUCUUGGAAGUCAAAGAGUCUGGAAGUCUUGUUAUAGUUAAAGACCGGGAUGAGAACGAGCUCCCAGGUCCUCCUUCCAAACCUCAGGUCACAGACGUCACCAAAAACAGUGUGUCAUUGUCCUGGCAGCCUGGCCUUCCUGGAGCGUCACCCAUCUCGUCAUAUGUUAUUGAGGCUUUCAGCCAAUCGGUGAGCAACAGCUGGCAGACUGUGGCCGAUCAUGUCAAGACCACGCAGUACACUAUCAAGGGUCUUCGCCCCAACACCAUCUACUUGUUCAUGGUGCGAGCAGUCAACAUCCAAGGCCUGAGUGACCCAAGCCCCAUGUCCGAACCCGUCCGCACUCAAGAUGUAAGUCCUCCAGCUCAGGGAGUGGAUCACAGACACGUGCAGAAGGAGUUGGGUGAGGUUAUUGUGCGGCUACACAACCCUGUGGUCCUCAGCCCCACCACCAUACAGGUCACAUGGACGGUUGACCGCCAGUCUCAGUUCAUCCAGGGCUACAGGGUUUUGUACAGGCAGAUGUCAGGGCUGUCCUCCCCUGGAGCCUGGCAGAGCCAGGAUGUGAAGGUCCCCUCUGAGAGGAGCAUGGUGCUCUCGGCUCUGAAGAAAGGCAUCGUCUACGAGAUCAAAGUCCGUCCGUACUUCAACGAGUUCCAGGGCAUGGACAGCGAGUCCCGAACGGCAAGAACAACAGAGGAAGCACCCAGUGCUCCUCCUCAGCAAGUGACGGUCCUCACAGUGGGUAGUCAGAACAGCACAUCCAUCAGUAUCUCAUGGGACCCUCCUCCUGCAGAACAUCAGAACGGCAUCAUCCAGGAAUAUAAGAUCUGGUGUUUAGGGAACGAGACCCGUUUCCAUGUAAAUAAGACAGUGGAUGCAGCCAUCCGUUCAGUGGUGGUGGGGGGUCUCCAGGCGGGGGUCCAGUACCGGGUGGAGGUGGCCGCCAGCACCAGCGCAGGGGUGGGGGUGAAGAGUGAACCACAAACCAUCAUUAUUGGUAAAGACUUCCGGGAUGUGAUCAUGAGCAGAAACAACAGCAUCUCGGAGCAGAUCACGGAUGUGGUGAAGCAGCCGGCCUUCAUCGCGGGCAUCGGAGGGGCCUGCUGGGUCAUUCUGAUGGGCUUCAGCAUCUGGCUCUACUGGAGGAGAAAGAAAAGAAAGGGUCUCAGCAAUUACGCAGUGACGUUCCAGCGUGUUGAUGGAGGCUUGAUGAGCAACGGGAGUCGUCCUGGUCUGCUGAAUGCCAGUGAUUCGGGCUACCCAUGGCUCGCCGACUCCUGGCCGGCCACCAGUGUUAACGGUGGUUCUGGAGGACCCAAUGACCUCAGCAACUUCGGCCGUGGAGACGUGAUGCCCAGUGCCCAGGCGGAUAAGACGGGCACCAUGCUUUCAGAUGGAGCCAUUUACAGCAGCAUUGACUUCACAACCAAAGGUGGGUUUGGCAGUCCAAGCCCCGCCUCCCAGGCCACGCCCUACGCCACCACCCAGAUCCUCCACUCCAACAGCAUUCACGAGCUGGCCGUCGAUCUGCCCGAGGCCCAGUGGAAGACCGCCCUACAGGCCAAGCAGGAGAUGGCCAGCCUGGGCUACUCACUGCCAGACAAGAACUCCUGCAACAACAGUGGGAAAGGCGGAAAGAAGAAGAAGACCAAAGCAAACGCCAAGCCCACCAAGAUGAAUGGCUCCAACUGGGCUAAUGUUCCACUCCCUCCCCCUCCUGUCCACCCUCUUCCAGGCACAGAGAUGGACCACUAUGCCUCAGAGCACCAAGAUGGAGUAGGAUAUGAUAGUGAUGGUUGGGGCCCACCCUUGCCAGUGCAGACGUACCUCCAUCAGGGUUUAGAAGAUGAGCUAGAGGAAGAGGAUGAACGGGUGCCCACGCCUCCCAUAAGGGGCGUGGCCUCCUCCCCUGCAGCAGUUUCCUUUGGCAAACAGUCCACAGCCACACUGAGCCCUUCCCCACGUGAAGAAAUACAGCCCAUGCUCCAAGCCCACUUAGAUGAGCUAACCCGCGCUUACCAGUUGGACAUGGCUAAACAGAACUGGCACAUACAGGGUGGGCCUUAUCCACCCCAGGCCCCCACGCCACCCGUGGGUUAUGUCUCCAGCACCCUAGUGUCCGAUAUUGAGACAGACCUCCCUGAUGAAGAUGAUGAGGAGGAUGAAGGAUAUGAGAUGUCACCACAAGUUAGGGGCAUCGAACACACACCAGGCUCCAGCAUGGACAACUUAGACAGUUCUGUUACAGGCUCUAUGGUGAACGGUUGGGGCUCGGCUUCAGAAGAUGAUGACAGAAACUUCUCCAGCAGAAGAUCUAGUGCCGGCAGCUCCUCUGACGGCUCACUCUUCACCCAUUGCAACUUUGCACAAGCCCUGGUGGCGGCCGCAGACAAGGCUGGUUACCGUCUGGACGGCACAAGUUUGAGUAAGAGAGAUAAAGGUCUACCUCAUAGACCCCGUCCCGCUAGCCCAUUCUCCACAGAUGGAAGCACGGUGGGCACACAUAGCCUUGGUCACCAGCGGGCAGCAAGGCCCACCCGCAAACACAAAGGCCCUGGCACUGCCCCGCACCGCCGUGAUGCCAGCGCUGAUGAUCUGCCUCCACCACCAGCGCCUCCACCCUGCCAGACAACUCGUGUCCAGGGGGCGUGGAACUUGCCCCACCCCUCUGACCGAAAGGCUUCCUCCUUGGAGAGGCAACCCAUGAUGGGCCUAGAGGAGAUGAAGAUUUCCUUGGACUGGCAGGCCCGAACCUCACUGGAGCGCAACCAACAGGCCCAUGAUAGACUGGGAUCUAUAGAUAGAGGAGAAGAGAGCAAAAGAGGACAGAAAAUUUGUCCUGUUUCAGAAGAGGCCAUAUUUCCAUACAACAAACCAUCAUUCCCAUCUCCUGGGGGCAACAGCUCAUCUGGGACGGCCUCUUCUAAAGGGUCAACGGGUCCUCGUAAAGGUGAAGGGACGAGGGGACAGCACCAGCGUUCCACCACGGAGCAGGGUGAAAGCAGCUACAUGGGGACCAACGCGCAGUACUCUGGAGAGUUAUAGUGAGCCUUUUUGAUGGAAACUGAAGGAUGCCUUUAUCUGUUCUGGAAAUGCUUCACCUGCUCGGUGCAAUGGACUCAUGAAGCAUCGGAAGGAAGGAGGAAAAAAAUAUGAAAAGGACAAACUGUAAAUGUGAUGUAAAGAUGGACAUGCAACCCACAAGAUCCGCAACAUCCCUCACCUUCCUCAAACUAUUCAUUCACAGAAAAAAGAAAAAUGUAGAGGACAAAAAAAAA